AUGCAAGAACGAGUAUUAAAUCAUCCAAAGAUUGAAGUAAUAUGGAAUUCUGAAUUAGUAGAAUUAGAAGGAGAUGGUGAUUUAUUAAAUGGGGCAAAAAUUCAUAAUCUAGUUUCAGGAGAAUACAAAGUUGUUCCAGUAGCUGGAUUGUUUUAUGCUAUUGGACAUAGUCCAAAUAGUAAAUUCUUAGGUGGACAAGUUAAAACUGCUGAUGAUGGAUAUAUUCUUACAGAAGGACCAAAAACUAGUGUUGAUGGUGUAUUUGCAUGUGGGGAUGUAUGUGAUAGAGUAUAUAGACAAGCUAUUGUAGCUGCAGGAAGUGGUUGUAUGGCAGCCUUAAGCUGUGAAAAAUGGCUUCAAACUCAUUAA